AUGACUAUGGAUGAAGAGUGGCAGUGCAGGAAGUUUGAGAAUGGUCUAAGGGGAUACAUCAAGCUGUUAGUGAAAGGAUUGCAAAUUAAGGAGUUCCCUACCUUGGUGGAGAUGGCUCGUGUGAUGGAGAAGACCAAGAAGGAAGCUGAAGGACCUCAGGCAACUGGACGAGUUUAUGCUUUGACUAGAGUAGAGGCAAUUAACUUAAGUAACCUCAUCGUCAGCUGCUGUUUGUUGUUUGGUAUGCCUUGUUUGGUGUUGUUUGAUUCGGGGGCGACACAUUCAUUUGUGUCUGAGGCUUGCGUGGAGAGAUUGGGUUUGGUAGUCAAGGAGCUUCAGUGUGAUCUGGUGGUUUCUACACUAGCAUCUAGGUUGGUCAGGAUGUCUACAGUAUGUUCUAGAGGUCCUAUUGAGGUUGAAGGGCGUAGGUUCAGAGUGAACCUUAUCUGCUUACCUCUACAAGGGCUAGAGGUAAUCUUGGGAAUGGAUUGGCUGUCUGCCAAUCACAUCCUUAUCGAUUGUGGUAACAAGGAUUUGAUAUUUCCUAGCAAAGGUGAAGAUAUGUCCUUGUCGAUAGGUGUUUUUAGACAAGACAUAAUGGAAGGCGCUAGUUGUUUCUUGGUCAUGUCGCAUAUGGAAGCAACUUAG